CACCAGGAAAUCACAGGUUAGAGUGAGCAACGCGGAAUGGAAAUGUCCUUCCAAACCGAGAGAAAGCAACAAUAAUGAAGAAUGCAGUGACGCAGCAACGUGGAAUGCAAAGCUCUGUAUGUGGAUGAAUGCUGCUGAUCUGCAGUCAGUGUCAAGACCAGACUAGAGGGCAGAACUGAGUUCCUGGCCAUCUUUUGCUGUUCCCGGAUCAGUUUGGGGGGAUUUGGAUGUGAAAGUGUCUGUAGGUGGGAGGGGCUGGAGCUGAGAUGUCAUUCAGUAGAGCUGAGAGCAUGUCCAUCAUGCAGGCCUUAGCCAUGACAGUAGCUGAGAUACCUGUCUUCCUCUAUUCCACCUUUGGACAGUCUAUAUUCUCUCAGCUGAAGUUGAGUCCCAGUCUGAAAAAGGUGUUGUUUGCCACGGCGCUGGGCAGCGUUGCUCUGGCGCUGACCGCACAUCAGUUAAAGAGGCGGGGGAGGAAGAGGAAACAGGUGGUUGGAAAAGAAACGCAGAAACCUGUAGGAAUUCCAGAACAACUGAUUCGAACCAGCAGACCAACUUCGCUUAAUAGAGGUCCCGUUCCAGGGCGGCAGAUGCCGAGUCCCAGCAUUCGCAGUAAUGACACACUGAGUGGCGUUUCGUCUCUCGCGCCCAGCAAACACUCCAGCUCUUCACACAGUAUCGCCUCUAUGCGAGUCCCUUCCUCUCCAAACCAAUCAGUGAACACUGGGAUGCCGUGGGAGGCGGAGCCAGUAGCCGAAGAGCCAGGAGUUAUGGAGGAUGCUAAUGCAGAGAACCUCUAUAUCAUGGGUAUGGAGCUGUUUGAGGAAGCUCUUCAUAAGUGGGAACAGGCGUUAAACAUCAGACACAGAUCUUACUCUGGUGCCUCUAACAGUCUUGUCCCACAAGGGUCGGAACUUGUAGAGCGUCAUUCGCCUGAACUGCGGAAUCAUCAGUUUGCAGAGAAGCUGGAAACUCUUCUGCACCGAGCGUAUCAUCUGCAGGAAGACUUCGGCAGCACCAUACCACCUGACAGUCUGCUCGCUGAACUGGAGAGUGAAGGGAUGUUGUUUCUGCCCAAACUGGGAAGCUCUCAUCCAAUCCAAGAUGAUGAUGCUACGACAGUCAUGUCAGACGACUCGUUCUUCUCUGCAGCUGAGAUGUUUGAGACGUUUUCUCUAGAUGACACGUUUCAUCAGCUGAAGCCUGCAGCUCUGUAUGAAGAGGCUCUGAGUUUAGUUCGAGAUGGAGGCGUGACCUGCAGAUCCGUGAGGACAGAGCUCUUGGAGUGUUACAGCGAUCAGGACUUCCUGGCCAAACUACACUGUGUUCGACAGGCCUUCCAGGUGCUGUUGUUGGAUGAGACACACAGAAUGUUCUUCAUGGAAUCCGGGAAACGGAUGAUCUCUGGACUCAUGGCCAAAGCUAACAAGAGUCCGAAGGCAUUUUUGGAGAGUUAUGAAGACAUGUUGCGGUACACCCAGAGAGAAGAAACGUGGCCAGUCACCAAGAUGGAACUGGAGGGGCGAGGGGUGGUCUCUAUGAACUUCUUUGACAUUGUGCUGGACUUCAUCCUGAUGGAUGCAUUUGAAGACCUGGAAAGUCCUCCGUCCUCUGUGGUCGCCGUUUUGCGGAACCGAUGGCUCUCCGACAGCUUUAAAGAGACGGCAUUGGCUACAGCCUGUUGGUCUGUACUGAAAGCCAAGAGGAGACUACUAAUGAUUCCAGAUGGUUUUAUUGCUCAUUUUUAUGCUAUCUCUGAGCAUGUAAGUCCAGUUUUGGCUUUCGGGUUUCUGGGCCCCAGACAGCACCUGAGUGAGGUGUGCACCAUAUUCAAGCAACAAAUUGUGCAGUAUCUAAAGGACAUGUUCAACCACGAUAAGGUGCGUUUCACCUCUGUCCUGUUUCUGGCCGAAGACAUCCUCCGUUUGUCCCAUAGACGAGCAGACAUUCUGAUAGGUUACCUGGGCAUUGACGGUCUACCCGAGACCAAUGGAGCUUUACCCAAGAGCCCGUGCCAAGCCAACAGCGGGCAUCCAGAACUGGGUGAACGGCGCAAAUGAGGUUUCGGAACACUUAAACACAGUUCUAGAGUGCUUGCGCUUGGACCAUGUCCACACUAAUCCGUUUUCGUUUGAAAAUGCACUAUUUUACAACGUUUUGGUCUCUCAUCCUCACUGGAGUGGCAUUUUUCUCUAUUGAAAACUGGGACUUUCGGAAACUCACUCCAUAACCGCAUACUUUGGAAAACGAUAACAUUUGGAAGGUUUCAAACUUAAAUGGAUUAAUGUGGGCGUGGCCUUAAAGGAAAACUCUGGGUUCAAUACAAGUUAAGCUCAAUCGACAGUA